UCUCUCUGAAUUGCGUCGAUUUCAGAGAGAGAGAGAGAGAGAGAGAGAUUGGAUUUUUGGAGAAACGCAAGGAGCAAAACAAAAGAGAAAUUGGUCUCUCUGGGUGGUUUUCAUUUCCAGCUAGCUUGCGUUUCUCGAAAUCAGUUGCUUCCUUCUUUCAUCCGUAUGUUAUUCUAGGGUUUUCACUUUGCUUGCUUCUUCUUCAAUCACUCUGCUUCUCUCCUCAAAAAGCCUCUGCUUUUUUUCUUUUUUUUUAUUCUACAACCUCUUCAUGGAUCCAUCUGGGUCCAAUCGAUUCGACAUAUUUGAGGCUUAUCGGCGAUACUGUGAUAUCAGGUCAGGAAAUGCUUAUCUUCCUGGGGAAGAAGGUUACAGAAAAAAUAACGACUUGCAAAUGGCUACAUAUUCAAAGGAGGCACUGGAUCAACUUUUAAGACUGAUAGAGUCAAGAUUGCAUGCGAGGGUUUCAAUUUUUGAUGAACUUUUGAAGCUCAUGUCACAGCUAGACUUAAUGGUAGAAUUUUCUGAAUUCUCGCGAUUCUAUGAUUUUGUUUUCUUCAUAUGCCGUGAAAAUGGUCAAAAGAACAUCACUGUAAAUAGGGCAGUUAGUGCCUGGAAAUUAGUUUUAGUUGGGAGGUUUCGAUUGCUUAACCAGUGGUGUGACUUUGUUGAGAAAAAUCAGAGGCAUAACAUCUCUGAGGAUACUUGGCGGCAAGUUCUAGCUUUCAGCCGGUGUGUGCAUGAGAAUCUGGAAGGAUAUGACCCAGAAGGAGCGUGGCCUGUUUUAAUAGAUGAUUUUGUUGAGCAUAUGUACAGAGUCUCAGGAUCUAAUGAAAGUCCCAACUUUUUCUGCAACUGUGGUGACUCAGAGUCCCAGUUAUGCAUUUCUGAUGACCCACUUCCUGGAUUGAAAGUCUUUCCUGGUUUAAAAAGGAAGUUGCCUGAGGACCUCGAAAAAGAUGAUUUGGGGUCCUUGGUUAACAUCUUCCCUGUCAGUACAAACCUGAAUCCUCCAAUGAGUGUAAAGAGAGGUAGGCUGCUGUCAUACAAAGCAGCGAACUGGGGAGAUGACUGCACGGAAAUGAGUAGACAUAAUUCUCCUCUAAGUGCAUCCAAAUCUUUAUGUGCAGUUGAAGGCUGUCUUUCAAAGGGCUUUGCGGGUCUAUUUUCAACCCGCCCUUGUUUGCAGUUUGAUCGAGACACGGGAGUUUCCCUCACAUAGAAAGCCCAUAAACCUCGAGUGCAGUAUAAUUUCUCCACCAGUGGUAUAACUUUAUUAUAUGUAUGUGUUGGGGAUAUUAUGUUCUCCAAUUUUCAUAAGUCCUUUUGGGUUGGCUAUUCUAUCGAUUUGUUGAUCUGUGGUAAUAAUCUCCCAUUUCGAAUCAAAAAAAAAAAAAAAAAAUCAAUUUAUUUGAUUCUGUUUGUUCCAUACUUUUGUUUGUAUUUAAAUAUUUGAACGUUCACCAUA